UACUACCAAAAUAAGAAACAUAAAUAACAGUAUAACACAAAGCAUAGUAUCUUUCAAUAUUUGAAACGACAAAAAAAAAAACCGAUGUUGUUCUUCAGCGUUAGUUGCUGAAAAGGUGAAAAGAUGAGGCAGAGUGAAUUCAAUUGCGCAGUGGAGCUGCAAAUAAAUCUCAAAGUCCAUUUACUUUGUGGCGAAAAUGACAAUGAGCUUGAGGCGUCGCUUAACUGGUAAUGCUAUUUCUAGAUUUCUUCCUUGCUGUCUCUCUUCUUCUUCUUAUCCCCUUUCCCCUUUCUUUUCUGCUUUUCAAUUUCAUUCACGCAAUCAUUACUCCAUUGUAACUGAUGUUAUUGAAGAUCGUAAGUUGUUUCUUCAAUCAGUUAGAGAACACUGCAAAUUAGGGUUUUCAAAUCUCAAUUUCCCCCUUUCUCUCUUCCAUCAAAUGCUCUCUUUGCGCCCUCUUCCUUCUAUAAUCGAUUUCACUCAACUCUUCACUGCCAUGUCCAAAUUGAAACACCUUCAACCUCAAUCCAUCAUCAUCUCUCUCAUCAGAAACCUUGAAUUGUCAGGUAUUCGACCCGAUAGGCACUCUAUUGGUAUUCUCGCCAAUUGUCACUGUCAUUUGGGCCGUGUCGAUUUCGGCCUCUCUCUUAUGGGAAAAUGCCUUAAACUUGGAUACCCCCCCAACUGUUAUACCUUUAACACCUUAAUUAAUGGUUUUAUCCACUGUGAUAAGCUUCCUCGAGCUCUUCAAUUGCUCCAUCAAAUUGUUAAGCUAGGUUUCCAACCCGACAUUAUUACCUAUGGUGCUAUUUUCAAAGGCCUUUGUCGGAUUGGUGACAAUGCUGCUGCCCUCCACUUGCUUAGGAAAAUGCAAUCAGGAACUUGUGAGCCUGAUCUUGUCAUAUAUAGUACCAUCAUUGAUAGUCUCUGUAAGGAUAGGCUGUUGAAAGAGGCCCUCGACCUGUUCAACGGCAUGAAAAGUGAGGGCAUUAUACCUAAUGUUAUCACUUAUACCUCCUUGAUUAGAGGUCUCUACAACUCCGGCUCCAAGGUCGAGGCUAAAGAUAUGCUAGGUCAGAUGUUGGAGUGUGACAUAGCGCCAGAUGUUACCACCUUCAACAUGCUGGUUGACAUGUUUUGCAAAGAUGGUAAUGUUGAUGAAGCACGAGCUAUUCUAGACUACAUGAUUGAGAGAGGUGAGAUUCCAAAUGUCAUAACUUACAGUGCUUUACUUGAUGGUUAUUGUUUGCGUGGUCAUGAGGAUGCGGAAAAACUACUUGAUUUGAUGGCCAAGAAUGGUUGUGAGCCUGGUAUUGUUAGUUUUAGCACUAUCAUUAAUGGAUAUUGCAAGGCUAGAAACAUGGACAAGGCCCUCAACUUGUUCCAAGAAAUACUUCAGAAAGGGAUGACACCUAAUGUUGUUACCUAUACCACUCUUAUUGAUGGACUAUGCAAAGUCAAUAGACUCCCACUUGCACGUAAACUGUUCAAGGAUAUGCAAGGCCAUGGAGUUACUCCUGAUGUUGUCACAUAUGGUUCAUUGCUUGAUAGCUUAUGCAAAAAUGCUUUACUUGAUGAGGCAGUGGCAUUACUUGAAGAAAUGGAGAAUAAUGGUGUUAAGCCUACUGUUGUCAUAUAUGGUAUCCUAAUGGACAGCUUGUGUGAGGCUGGGAAACUUGAAGAUGCAGCAAAAAAUUUCUCGGAUCUUGUAUUGAGAAGGCUAGAACCUAAUGUUAAAAUAUACACAAUUUUGAUGAAAGGCUUCUGCAAGAAAGGCCUUAUGGAUGAAGCUAAUCAACUGUUGAGGAAAAUGGAGGAUGAUGGUUGCUCUCCUAAUGAAUUUACCUAUAAUACAAUCAUUAGAGGAUAUAUUCUCAAAAAUGACUUGACAAAUGCAUCGUAUUAUUGUGAUCUUAUGGUUAGCAAGGGAUUAAAAGGCGAUGCUAACACUUUCUCGUUACUGGUUGGCCUAUUGUCGUCUGGUAACUUGAGUGAUUCAUCUAAGGCUCUUCUUACGAAGUUCUUGAAAUUACCUGAGUAAGAUGAUUGCAAAUUGCAACUAUUGCUGAUACAAUUUUCGUUGUUUGCUUCAAGUAUUCAAGUAAGCAUACUCUUUGAGGAAUUAGGCAUCAAACAUCAGUGUGAUAUUCUGUGUUAUGUACUUGGCUUUUAUGUAUGUAAUUCCUAGUUGUAUUAUCUUUGAGCUGAUUAUAGCUAGCUGGCAUCUUGUGGAAAAUGAGUCAAUAUCUCUGGAAACAUGAGCUUCUAGUCA